AUGGCCUGGGGUAAAAGCUCGGAAAUGGGAUGUGGUGUGACAUCUUGUCCAAUGACGGACUCGCAAAUGAAAUCUUACAUUUUCAUUGUUUGUCUUUACAGAGAUAUUGGAAACUGCUACAACGAGCAAUUCUAUGACUUCGGAAAUGGAUGUCAACGUGAUUCGGACUGUACAACGUUCCCCGGAUCGAAAUGUGAACGAGACACUAAUCUUUGCAUUGCACCGUUAGUUAUUUCACAGAAUGUCGAACUGAAUCAAUUUUCUAAAGAUUCAAUGCAUUGUCAUCGAAUUCAGACCAAAUAA